AUGGCUUAUGUCAUAAACAACGCUGAAGGCUUUUCAGGCAGAGAUUUAAAACCAACAUUCGAACUUGAAACUGUAACUGAUCUUCGUGCUGAGACUCACGUUGCUACGCAGUUCAAGUUAUGCCGCUUUCCUUCUAAUCCCACUUCUCCUGUCCGGUCAUUGACGUCCAGGAGAUUGAUCCUUAUUCCAAGUUGGAUGCAGGCGUGGCCAUGGAGGUUACAAGCUGCUAAACACCGGAAAGAGGGGAGACGAAGCAGAGAAUCUUAA